CUGCCAGAAGGGCGGGACAUGGAAUAUGAAUCUUACGGCGAAUUUACAGCUAUGCAGAGAUAUGACGGCUGCUGACUUCCGUACUUCAACAACGGCAAAGAAACAAGAGGCUACCGCUGUGAUGGUUCUUACCAGCCCGUCCGUCCCUGUGGUGAAAGAGCGUGGAGUGAAAACUAGCACAACCAGGAUUCGAUUUGCCUCAACUUCGGCUCGAGUUGCCCCAACUAAGUCUCGAGUUAAUGCCCGAACUACGUCUCGAGUUGCCCGAACUACGACUCGAGUUGACCCAACCACGACUCGAGUUGCCCCAACCACAUCACGAGUUGCCCCACUUACGACAAUGUCAGCGUUCAUACGGCGAAUGAAAAAAAAAAUCGAAAAGGAGAUGCGAGCGAGAGGAGAGAUGCCGCCUUAUGAGGCGACAGGAGGAAAAGAAAGUCCAGAGCACUGCGAAAAACCAGAGAACCACUUUGGGGCAAAAUGGCUGAAUCCUGGGCCAAUCCGCAUAGGGCAUUCCGCUGUCUUCGUCUGUGAAGAGGGCUAUGCGUUUGUGAAUGGCAGACGGUUCUUUGUGACCACAUGUAGUCCUGCAGAUGGGAGGCUGGUCGUGAAAGCAGUGCCGAAGUGCAAAGCAGUUGUUCAGUGUAAAAGGCUGAACCUGGCCAACACUGUGGCCACACCAAAUUCGACCCUUCAAUCUGUAGGCAAGGUGGUGUUCUAUUCCUGUCUGGAUGGGUACCGGUUUGGAGACGGAACAAGACAUAGGCACAUUCAGUGCGGACAGGAUGGACAAUGGGACACGAAGAUCCCAGGAGGAUGCCAGGAAGCAAAGGUUAUUACAUAUCGCAGGAAAUCAUCGGGGGCUGAAAGGUGGACCAGUUGUGCUGUCGUCAUUGUGACGAUGCUGCUGUUACUAACAAGAAUGAAUUAAUGGUGUUCGCAUGAUUACGGAUAAGGUUUGGUCGAAAGACUUUUCAGUGAUCAGUCGCAUCAUAUACAUGUACUAAUCAUUUGUAAUAUGAUAUUAAGGGUAUCUGUCAGCAGGAGGGCUUCAUAUUUUGCGCCUGGCCUAAGUCCCAGUAUCCACAGACAUACUUCAGAGAUCAGCCAACUUUUUUCACUGAGUUUUCUGUAGUCUAACACCGUAUUUUCAGCAUUUCAUAGAGUUGGCUCUGUGAAUUUUUUCCUCCUAGCCACUUUUAAGCCAAGUGGCUGUCACUUUUAGCCAAAUUGAGUCAGCUCCAGCCAUUGCCGAUCGUUUGUCCUCAUGGGGCCGACCCAGCCCACAGUAACAUGUGCGAGAAUGGCAGCCCGGCAGUACUGAGACUAGCAAAUCAACGAACGAGUCGAGGAACACGUGACCGGAGACUCCAUGGCAACGAAGCGAGCGGGAAACUAUCCGUGUGCGUAAGGCGACCAGCAGCGCCACAAAAAUCACUAGCGACAACGGGUAGAAAUACAAUGCAGACGAUAGCAACCACGUGUGAUAGCGCGGCCGC